AUGAUGGGAGUCGUCGAGAACACCUACCCCCCAGCCUCGCUGUACAACCGCAUCCCUUUCAUCCAUGACAUGGGCCAUGUCGCCGAAACACACGCAGACGAUCUCUACUACCUGAGAAGCCUCCUGGACAAGCACGACAUGCCACCGAGCGUCUGCAUCAAACUCCUCCACAUCCACUUCCAUCUAAAGCCGGGCGAGAUCCUGGUCAUGCACGAGCUGGACGCGCCGCCGCUGAUCCACGGGAAGAUCCCAUUCCUCGAGCCCAUGGCUCCCGACACCGCGCCCGGGAAGGUCUACGGCUGCAACUACAUCGUUGACGACGCCUCGGGCAGUCUCCAGGCAUUCGAGUACACGACCAUCGCGGGCGGGGCGGACCUGACAGCGCACCCGGCAUUUGUCGCCGAGUUCUGCGCGGCGGUGCUGCAGCGCGAGGUGCAGCACAUGUUUGGGCUCGCGAUCAACUCGGGCGCCGCGCAGCACGGCUCGUGGAUGGAGCUCGACUUCCCCGAGAAGCGCGCGACGUUUCUGCUGCAGGCUCACGUCUCGCUGCCGCGGAGCGACCGCCUGGUGCUGAGGACGACGGUCACCAAGUUCCCGUGCCUGAGGAACGAUAAAAACAAAAAAAGGGACACACACAUACACGUCGAGCACACUUGGGGGUCAUCGAAACCGACGGGUUUCGACGGCGAGGAGCCUGUCGAUGGCGUCACAACGAAGAACGGGCUGCAUCUGACGGGGAUACCUCUUGAGCCCGGCACUGCUUUCUACACGGUUGCUUCGGCGAUCUCGGUGGCUGUGAUGGGCUGA